AUGUUGCCGCCGGAGCUCCAGCCUCGGUCUUACCGUCCCUACAUCUCCUCCUCCAUGAGCGCUCCUUCCUUCCCCACCACCUCCUUCAACGGCGGCUACUCCCCCGAACGAAACCCUAACCAUCGCAACUCUGCAUUUUACGGCGGCAACAGCAGCAGCAAUUGUUCUUCUUCGAUCAGAUCUCUCAAGAAUUCUCGAUUUUCACCUUCUUCGUUCGCCCACAACGCUAGGAUCGCCGUAGCCCUAGUACCCUGCGCCGCCUUUCUCCUCGACCUCGGCGGCACACCUGUCUUCGCUGCCUUGACAUUGGGACUCAUGGUCGCCUACAUCCUCGAUUCCCUCAACUUCAAGCCCGGUUCCUUCUUCGCCGUCUGGUUAUCCCUCAUCUCCGCUCAGAUCGCCUUCUUCUUCAGCUCCACCUCCUCUCUCAUCUCCACCUUCAAUUCCGUCCCUCUCGCUCUCCUCUCCGCUUUCGUCUGCGCCGAGGCUAACUUCAUGAUCGGCGUAUGGGCUUCCCUUCAGUUCAAGUGGAUUCAAAUCGAGUAUCCUACCAUCGUCCUCGCCCUCGAGCGCCUUCUCUUCGCUUGCGUUCCCUUCACCGCUUCCGUGCUCUUCACCUGGGCUACUGUCUCUGCCCUUGGUAUGAGCCACGCUUCCUCUUACUAUCUCAUGGUCUUUGUUUGUGUUUUCUAUUGGCUUUUCUCUGUCCCUCGCCUCUCCUCUUUUAAAUCCAAGCAGCAGCAGCAACAACAACAACAACAAGUCAAAUUCAAUUACCAUGGCGGAGAGGUCCCCGACGACAAUCUCAUCCUCGGCCAGCUCGACAGUUGUAUCCACACUCUCACUCUCUUACACUUGCCUCUCUUGUUUCACAUCGCCUCUCACUACUCGGUUCUAUUCUCUUCCGCUGCUUCUGUUUGUGAUUUGUUCCUUCUCUUCUUCAUUCCUUUCCUGUUUCAACUAUAUGCCUCCACAAGAGGCGCACUGUGGUGGGUCACUAAAAACGAGCACCAGCUGCGGAGUAUCCGAUUGGUGAAUGGUGCUGUUGCUUUGGUGGUGGUUGUGAUUUGCUUCGAGGUCAGAGUUGUUUUCCAUUCAUUUGGCCGCUACAUUCAGGUGCCACCACCGUUGAAUUAUUUUCUUGUGACCAUUACCAUGCUUGGAGGGGCGGCUGCAGCUGGUGCCUAUGCCCUUGGUGUGAUUGUCGAUGCUUUCAGCUCCCUGGCCUUCACUGCUUUAGCUGUAUUAGUCAGUGCUGCUGCAGCAGUUGUUGUGGGAUUUCCUAUAUUGUUCCUUCCACUCCCUUCAGUUGCUGGUUUCUAUUUGGCUCGUUUCUUUACAAAGAAGAGUCUGCCAUCUUACUUUGCCUUUGUCGUCCUAGGGAGUUUGAUGGUCAUGUGGUUUGUUCUGCAUAAUUUCUGGGAUCUGAAUAUUUGGUUGGCAGGCAUGUCUUUAAAGUCCUUCUGUAAGCUCAUAGUUGCCAGUGUUGUCCUGGCAAUGGCUGUCCCUGGUUUAGCUCUUCUUCCUCCAAAAUUUCAUUUCUUGGCUGAGGUUGGUUUGGUCAGCCAUGUACUGCUGCUAUGCUACAUUGAGGAUCGCUUCUUUAAUUACUCGAGCAUUUACUAUUAUGGGUUGGAGGAUGAUGUAAUGUAUCCAAGCUACAUGGUUGCCCUGACUACUUUUGUGGGUUUGGCUCUGGUGAGGAGACUUUCUGUGGAUAACCGAAUUGGACCAAAGGCAGUCUGGAUUCUGACUUGCCUGUACUCUUCAAAGGUGGCAAUGCUGUUUAUCGCUUCAAAGUCUGCUUUAUGGGCGUCUGCUGUUCUUCUAUUGGCUGUUUCUCCUCCUUUGCUUCUUUACAAGGACAAGUCAAGAGCAGCCUCAAAGAUGAAACCUUGGCAAGGUUAUGUGCAUGCUGCUGUGGUUGCUUUAUCAGUUUGGUUUUGUCGUGAAGCAAUUUUUGAAGCUCUCCAGUGGUGGAACGGGAGAUCUCCAUCUGAUGGUUUACUUUUGGGUUCCUGUAUUCUUGUGACUGGAUUGGCCUGUGUACCAAUAGUCGCUCUCCACUUCUCUCAUGUCAUGUCUGCUAAGAGAUGUUUGGUGCUCAUAGUGGCAACAGGUCUGCUUUUUGUUCUGUUGCAGCCCCCAAUUCCAUUAUCAUGGACUUAUCACUCUGACAUAAUCAAAGCCGCUCGUCAAUCAGCCGAUGAUAUCUCCAUAUAUGGUUUCAUGACAUCAAAGCCUACAUGGCCAUCAUGGCUGCUUAUCACAGCAAUCCUCCUCACUCUAGCAGCCGUAACCUCUGUCAUCCCUAUUAAGUAUAUUGUUGAAUUGAGGGCAUUUUACUCCAUUGCCAUAGGGAUUGCUAUUGGCGUAUAUAUAGCUGCAGAAUAUUUCCUUCAGGCUGCUAUAUUGCAUGUCCUUAUAGUCAUAACAAUGGUCUGCACCUGUGUCUUUGUGGUUUUCACACAUUUCCCAUCUGCCUCCAGCACAAAGCUCCUACCAUGGGUGUUUGCUUUACUUGUGGCUCUAUUUCCUGUGACUUAUUUGUUGGAAGGCCAGGUGAGAAUCAAAAACCUACUUGGGGAUAGUGGAGAAGAAGAAGACAACAAGCUGGCCACUCUACUUGCUGUUGAGGGGGCAAGGACAUCUCUGCUUGGUUUAUAUGCAGCUAUCUUUAUGCUUAUUGCAUUGGAGAUUAAGUUUGAACUGGCGUCACUUAUGCGAGAAAAGGCUCUUGAAAAGGGUGGAAUUAAACAUAGCCAUUCUGGUCAAAGUGGCUCUGCUGCUUUCCCUGCAAAGUUAAGGUUCAUGCAGCAACGUAGGGCCUCAACUGUGACAGCCUUCACGAUCAAGAGGAUGGCUGCUGAGGGAGCCUGGAUGCCGGCAGUUGGUAAUGUUGGUACUAUAAUGUGCUUUGCUAUAUGCCUAAUCUUGAAUGUCAAUCUCACCGGUGGAUCAAACCGUGCAAUAUUCUUCUUGGCACCUAUCUUGCUGCUACUCAACCAGGACUCUGAUUUUGUUGCUGGAUUCGGGGAUAAGCAGAGGUAUUUCCCAGUUACAGUUGCCAUUUCAGCCUACUUGGUAUCCACUGCCUUUUAUAGCAUAUGGGAAGAUAUCUGGCAUGGGAAUUCUGGGUGGGGCCUUGAAAUUGGAGGACCAGAUUGGUUUUUUGCAGUGAAGAAUGUGGCCCUUCUCAUCCUUACAUUUCCGAGUCAUAUCCUUUUUAACCGGUUUGUGUGGAGCUACACAAAGCAGACAGACUCAACGCCACUGCUGACAUUGCCCCUUAAUCUUCCGUCAGUCAUAAUAACGGAUGUGAUGAAGGUUAAGAUCUUGGGACUUCUUGGAAUUAUAUACUCCUUGGCUCAAUAUCUGAUUUCUAGACAACAAUAUAUUUCCGGCUUGAAGUUUAUUUAGACAAAAAAAGAAAACAUACUAUGUACAAUAUAUUUGGGCAAUUUUCAAGUGAGAUAUGGAAAGUUUGUUUUCUGGACACUAAUUGUUCUUACCUCCGUUUGGAUUUUGUUUGGUUAAAUACAAUUGCUGAGAUGAUUCCUUUUUA